AGCAUUUUAAUGAUUCUAAUUAAGCAGGAAUAAUUACAAAAUCAAAUCAAUUAAAUAUCCAAGGAAUAUAAUGAUAGAAAUAUACUUAAUAUAGGGGGUAUGUGUGUAGGGUAUCUGAAAGAAGUAAUAAAAAAACUCUAAAAUUUAUCAAUAAAGGCAAAAGAAUUACUUUAAAUUCAAUAAGAGAUAUCAAAUAUUCAAAGGGAAAUACAAUUGAUUGAAUUAAAGAAAAGUUAUAAUUAAUUACUACAUAAUCAAUAACAACUACUAAAUAAUAAAGAUUAACUAAUAACUAACUCUAGAUAAGUACAAGUUUUUGCCGAACAUCUAUUUCAAUAGCUAAAUUAAACCGAUGCUGAAGUUAUUUAAUUGAUCCAACAGUUGUCUUAAUUAACAAUAAAAAAAAAUAAAACUUCAUGA